GAAUACUUACUCUAAUUGUAAGUGACACACAAACACACAAUAAAAGUACAUGUUAUUUUUACAAUAUUUUACAAUGUUGCUGUAACAUGUUUAAACUAUAUUGCAAAUUCAUGACUAUACAAUAUUUCUGCAACAUUGCACUGCAAUGUGCAAUAUUGCAAUAUUGCAGCAAUGUUGCUGCAAACUUUUGUACUGUAUGGGAAAUGUAAGGUAAGAUUAAUCGCGAGUAACAGGUUGAUGAUUGUUCGUACUUUACCAAUAAUUCCAUACUUUAGAUGUAUACGUAUGUAAAAUCGAUAAACCGCUGCUCCGCUUAACGCACAUGCCAACAUGACGAAUGCAUACAACGGACUGAAACGCGAAGAAGUAAAGAGCAAGUAGAAAGAGGGACUGCGCUUGCGUGUACUUCGAUCUCCGGCAUUAUUUUAUUUUCUGAGCGACUUAUAUUUUACCAUGGGAAGUAACCGCAUGUUAAAUUUUUUCUUUUUUUUAUGCGAGAUGAAUUAUUUUAUCAUUGAAAACUUUUUUCCAACAAAGACGUUAAAUUGUUCUAAUCAGGCGUUACAAUACAUUUACAAUAGCAUGCACCAUUUUGCGCUACGUUUAUGCAUUGAAGUUAAAUAAAUUGGACAAUUUACCUGGAAAUUACAUAGAAGAGGCGAGAGGAAAGUUACUACACACGUUAGCUGUGGGUGAAAGGAACGGACGAAUUGGUGUAGAUUAUUUUACAGUUACAUGCGAAGUAUCGAUGAUCGUAUAUGAUGAUCUGUAUUGAAAAGCGGUUCUUCAAUUCGAAUCGGCUACUUUUGCUCCCUUUCGGCUUGUGGCCUUGCAAGGAAACGAAAUUUACUCGUUUUCGGCCAACGCUACUUUGUAGUAUUCUAAUCAGCGCCAUUGCAUUUCAGCAACGUUUUAAUAACGUGAAGGAUUGUAAAAGAUUAAAACCAAACUUGUAUACAAUAUUAUUGUUUAUUAUGAAGGAGAUUUAUUAUAAAAUACAUCUAUCUUUAUUUUCAAAACUCUUCAUUGCAGAAUCUAACUUUGAGAUUUUUAUCAGACUACUCUGUUCUACGACAUUUUAUAUCAUACUUACGAUUAUGUAUAUCUCAUUUUGGUUUAACAUAAAAAGUAUCAAAUAUUUACUGGACCAACUGCAACAUACCUACGACCGGCUAAAGAACAAAAACGAAAUUGCUAUUUAUGACAAAUACGGAUACAUUGCAAAACGUAUGACGACCACAAUAAUAAUACUUCUUAUGAGUGGCCUAUGUAUUAUUACUCUCAUAGUACAUUGUCCAUAUAUUUUUGACGCCGUUAUGCCGAAAAAUGAGUCUUCGCAUUUCGCAAUUCGCACGACGGAAAUUGUGGCCGAGUUCUUUAUUAUAUCAGAGAAGUAUUAUUUUUUAAUUCUCAUGUAUAUGACUGCAGCCUGUUAUGGAGGGUUAAUCGCAAUGAUAGCGAUAGCAACGUUGUUCAUGGCGUAUUUAAAGCAUACUUGUGGAAUGUUUGAGAUUGCCAGUUAUCGUAUUGAACAAGCAAUGGCGAUCGAAUUGUUACAUAACUUUGACAUGAAGAACGAAAUUGUAAUUUACAGGGAGAUGAAACGUGCCAUUGACAUACAACGUCAGGCUAUGGAGUUCGCAAAAUGUUUGAUGAUUAGUAUUGGUACUCCUUUUUUCUUUUUGAUAAUAACUACUGUGUUUUGCGUGACUGUGAAUCUUUUUCGAAUAUUUCACAUUGAGUCACCUGCAGAAAAGAUGCAGGAAGUUGCAUUGCACAUUUUUGUUAUAUUUACGAUCGUACUGACCAUGUUCAUGGGCAAUAAUACUGGGCAAGAAAUUACAGAUUACAGUAAUCACGUAUAUCUAAUCACAUACAACACUUCAUGGUACUUAGCACCGAUACGCGUACAGAAAUUAAUACUGUUUGUAUUACAAAGGAGCCAUAAAAUUUUCGCCUUGAAUGUCGGUGGAUUAUUUUCAGGAUCUUUAGAAUGUUUUGCUACACUAAUUAGUGCAUCAAUGUCCUACUUCACCUUCAUGUACUCCAUGCAGCAUUAACUAGUAGAUUUCUUGUCUAAUAGUCUGAUAUUAGAAAGAAGUAGGUACGUAAGACAAAUAUUGCAUUAUUUGAAAUACAUAUAUUAGAGUCAAUCACAGAACUGACGAAACCAACACAAUGUUGAUAAUAGAUAUUUGUGUGAUGAUAUGCAUGUGACGCAAGAAACAACAAGACAUCAAGGACUCAUGAAGAAAAUGAUAAUCCGUUUAAAUGAAAAUUUGAACACGUUUAGAGAUGAUGGCUGCAAUGGUGUUGUUAUUAGGACAAGCCGUUACAUUCGUAACAAAGAUUUAUUCAAGGAAGUGUACGAUAACACACGAAGAAGGAUAGUAUCUAUCUUUUAAUGACCAACACUAACAUGUCGGAUUGAUCAACGAUAUGUGUAUCUUUCUACACACAGAAAAAAAAGAAUUACUUGUGGAGAAGGAGAAAAAAUGACCGCAUUAAAAUUAAGAAUGUUGUAUUGGAAUAGUAAAAAUGAUGUAAAAAUAGUGUAAAAGGGAACUAUACUGGCGUUUUAUUAAAAGUUUGUCUUAUAAAUAUUUUUUCAUGGGAAGAAAACAA